UCUUAUAUCUUUAAGUACAUUAUUAUAGGGGAUAUGGGAGUUGGAAAAUCAUGUUUACUACAUCAGUUUACUGAGAAAAAAUUUAUGGCAGAUUGUCCACAUACGAUUGGUGUCGAAUUUGGAACAAGAAUCAUUGAAGUAGCAGGGCAAAAAAUAAAAUUACAAAUAUGGGAUACUGCUGGACAAGAACGUUUCAGAGCAGUUACUAGAUCUUAUUAUCGAGGCGCGGCUGGAGCAUUAAUGGUCUAUGACAUAACUCGACGUUCAACUUAUAAUCAUCUUAGCAGCUGGCUUACAGAUACAAGGAAUUUGACAAACCCAAGCACUGUCAUAUUUCUAAUUGGUAACAAAAGUGAUCUGGAAGGUCAACGAGAUGUUACUUACGAAGAAGCGAAGCAGUUCGCUGAGGAAAAUGGUCUCAUGUUCGUAGAAGCUAGUGCAAAAACCGGACAUAACGUUGAGGAAGCCUUCUUGGAAACAGCCAAGAAAAUAUUCCAAAGUAUACAAGAUGGCCGUCUGGACUUAAAUGCUGCCGAAUCUGGAGUUCAACAUAAUCCAAGUCAACCAGGACGUACUAAUCUUCAAGGAGUAUCUAACGAACAACAAGGUGGAAAAGAUUCUUGCUCUUGUUAGGUCUUUAUUUGUUUGUAUAUAGAAAUAUGAAUUUAUCGGUACUAUUGAUGCAUAUAUGAUUUAUACUAAGUAUAGAGAGCAAAUAGUCUUCUAUCUUUAUCCCUUUACCUUUGAUAAGUCAAAUCUAUUGAAAAACAUCACUUCUUUUUCUAAUUCGAUUUAAUUUACGAGGACAAGAUACAAAUAAAUGAUGUUCAGCAUGCAUAUGCAAUAAAAUGUACUGAUGACAGUAAUUCUGUACUAGCAUUGAAAUCGAUGUUUCAAUGUUAACGCCUUUCUAUGAUCAUUAUAACUUGCAGAUAUUUUCCAUAGAUUAUAUACUUUGUUGCGUAAAGAAAUUAAAUAUUAGACAAUAUGUUGUACUCACGAAUCUUAUAGUACAUAUGUACAAGGUGCAUUGUGCGAAAUAUUUACUUAAUCACAUAAAAAUAUGAUGAAUAUGAACAUGACACAGUUGAAUAAGAUAAAUAUUUAUCAUUGUAAAUUAAAUUUGUCGGAUAAGAUAAAACACGUUCGAUCGUGUUUCUUCUUUAAUUUGCAGUUUGGAAGCUAUUGUAUUAUACAGAUUGUUAAUACAUCAAUUUCUUAACAGCAUGAAAAGAUUCUCAUCGUUCGACAAAAUUGAUUUUACGUCAUUAUGAGUAGUUCUGUAACUGCAACCCUACUUUCUUGUUGUAUAAACGUAUAAAACGAAGUGAAAUUAAAUAUGAUUUAUAUGUUUUAAUUGAAAAAUAUUUGUUUGACCGAUAUAAAAAUGACAUAUUUCCAUUUGAUAAAUUAAUAUAUUAUUGUUAGCGUUUAAAAAAAUUGUACUAUCAGGAUAUUUUUUUUUACGUGAUCGUGAUAUUGGAUUACGUUAACUAAUGUGAUUUCCAUACUGCUAAGGAUGAAGUAUUACAACAAUUGUACAGUUUA